AUGUUCAGUUCCCCACGACGAUGGCUUUUCAUCGUCAUUCCGCUCCUUACAUUUAGCUUAGUUUAUUAUAUCUUUCGACUUCCAGAGUCCAACCCGGUACCCGUGAACACCGAAGUCCCUCACACCGAAGAGCCGAUCGUGGUCGUCGAAGAGAAUGCACAAGAACCUCCAAAAAAAACGACCGAACCUACCGAAGACGAAUGCGGUCAUCUCCUCCAUCAGCUUGACGAUGUGAUGGUUGUUCUCAAGACUGGAGCGACCGAGUCCCUCGAAAAAGUGCCCAUUCACCUCCGCACAACCUUCAAAUGCGUCCCACAUUUCGCCAUCUUCUCGGACUACGAAGAAAUGAUAGACGGUGUUCGAACCUAUGACGUCCUUCAGAACAUCACCUCCGAAACCAGGGAAAACCAACCCGAAUUUGGUAUCUACCGUCGGCUCCAAGAAGUCGGCCGCGAAGGCCUCACAGACGCUGAAUGGGGUGACAACGAGAACGGCCCGCUCGGCAAACUCAACAACCCAGGCUGGAAGCUCGACAAAUGGAAAUUCCUCCCUAUGAUCGAUGGAGCGUUGGAUCUGAUGCCAGACGCCAAGUGGUACGUCUUCUUGGAAGCAGACACAUACAUGGUCUGGCCCAACCUGGUCAACUGGCUCUCGCAUCUCGACCACGAACGCCAAUACUACCUCGGCAGUCCGAUGCAGAUCGGGGACGUUCUAUUCGGCUACGGCGGUGCAGGCAUUGUACUGUCAAGAUACACAAUGGAGCUUCUCAGUGAGCAUCGUGGACGUUCCCAGCUGGAGUUGGAAGAAAUGACGGCGGCCGAGUGGGCGGGAGACUGCGCUCUUGCCCGCGCCCUACAGGAUGUGCGUGUCGGUCUGACAUGGGCAUGGCCCAUGAUGAUGACAUCUCGGCCUUGGGAGAUCGAUCAUUUCUCCGAAGGUUACGGGCGCCAACCGUGGUGCUACCCCGUCAUCUCCUAUCAUCACAUGGAGCCGGAAGACAUCAACACUAUGUGGAAGUUUGAUCGUCAAUUCUUCGCCAGUGGCAAGAAUGCCCUCCUCCUGCAUGCGGAUGUUUACCAGAAACUCGUUUACAAUGACACCGUAACCGCCCUGGAUGACUGGGAUAACAUGUCUGGAGCCCGAAUCGAUUUCGCGGCCGGUACGAUACCAAGCGUCGAGACUUGUGCGGAAGUCUGCGCAAGGAACGAGGAGUGUUUGCAAUAUUCCUUCGAUGAGAAAGAGGGCAUUUGCAAGCAUGCUUCUACCACAUUUGCUGGUUUUGCCAAGAACGGGACGUCGUCUGGCUGGAUCAGAUCGCGGGUCUCCAAACUUCUGAAGGCUUUCCAAUCCUCAUGCGAGGAAGUGGAAUACAUCUUUGAUUGA